AUGGGUGGUUACAUGAACAUGAUUGGGGGUUUCAUGAAUGGUGCAUUUGGCGGAAAUAUGGGAGGUGGCUUCGGUGGCAACAUGGAAGGUGGCUUUGGCGGCAUGGGAGGUGGCUUUGGCGACAACAUGAUGGGUGGCUUGGGACGUGGCUAUGGCGGCAACAUGAGUGGCGUUGGAGUUGGCUUCGUCGGCAACAUGACCGGUAUGGGACGCAAUGAAGAUGCUUCCGGUGGUGCUCACGGCAACGAGAGUUCACCGCUUGUUGAGAACGUCGACAAAGACGGUGGUGAAGAUGAUGAUCAUACCACGGUUCACAACGCCGGUGGUGUUGAUGACCCGCAUGAGAUAUCCAUGCCGAGGCUGCAAAGAAGAGGCGGCUCACAACCAAAAGGCCGUAUUCCAGGUCCUUUGUCGAGUGAGAUCAAAGAGCGCAUCAAGAAGACCAAGGACGAGAAGAGAGCUAAGAAGGUGGAGGUGACGAAGUCCUAG